GCAAAAACAAAAGUAACUCUCCGGAAAAUUGGAGUAAAAAGACUAGGAAUUUCCCAGUGUUUAUAGCGUGAUGCCUCUGUCCAAGCUCGCCCGGGAAGAUUCCCCAAAUUCUAGCUCCUCCUCUGUGCCAGUAGUGAUAAAAUUGUUUACAAGGGAAAGAGGAGGAGGUGUGCCAACGAACAACAAAGAGAGGGAAUUUUUGUCAAUAAUGCUGGCUGGAAUCUAAAUCUCUCCUCUUCUCUUCUCUUUUCUAUUUCUCUCUCUUCCCCCAAAUCUGGUGGCGUGGGAGCAGUAGGAGUUUGAUUUGCAUCCUCGCGCUUUGAAUCGAAGUUUCUAGCGUGAUCCACGAAGCGAUCCACCGCUGCGGCAUUCUCGCCCUUGUCCAGCAUUUGCUCUACCUAGGUCGGGAAAGCGCCACAAAGGAAUUCUUCUUGGAUCACUCCGCCGCUCGCUCGCUCGCUCCAGUCCAAUGCCCCGCCCCGCGUCAAUUCGCUCCUUGCUCGCCAAUCUCAUGUGGAUCUGCUCGGCCUACUGGUGGUGAAUUCGCGGAUUCGAUCAGGGUUUUGGGGCUGCUCUAGCCAUGGGAUGCUGGGAUUUAAACUUGCCCCAUGUCCCUAGAGUGAAGCUGGGGUCGCAGGGAUUCGAGGUGUCCAAGCAGGGCCUGGGAUGCGCGAGCUUGUCCGGCGCUUACCACGCCAGCCCGCCCGAGGAGCGAUCCAUCGAGCUCAUCCGCCGUGCCGUGGAGUCGGGGAUCACCUUCCUCGACACCGCCGACUGCUACGGCCCCUUCGCCAACGAAAUCCUCGUCGGCAAGGCAAUCCGAGGGAUCCGCGACAGGGUCCAGAUCGCCACGAAAUUCGCGGUGGCUGGCCUGGACAAGAGCAAGACCGCGACGAUCCGCGGCGAUCCAAAGUAUGUGAGAGCUGCCUGUGAGGCGAGCUUGCGGAGGCUCAAUGUAGACUACAUUGAUCUCUACUACCAGUACCGGGUGGAUCCAAACGUCCCGAUCGAGGUCACGGUGGGAGAGAUGAAAAAACUCGUAGAGGAAGGCAAGGUGAAGUACAUAGGCCUCUCAGAAGCUUCGGCAUCGACAAUCCGGCGAGCGCACGCAGUCCAUCCCAUCACUGCCGUCCAGAUCGAGUGGUCUCUUUGGGUACGAGACGUGGAGGACGAGAUCAUCCCGACUUGCAGAGAGCUCGGGAUCGGGAUCGUCGCUUAUGGCCCGCUGGGGCGGGGAUUCUUCUCGGGGAAAGCAGUGACGGAGGAUCUCGUCCCCAACGAUUUCCGCAAGGUUGCCAUCCCCAGAUUCUUUCCCGAGAACUUGGCACGAAACAAGGUGCUGUUCGAUCGAGUCCACAGCAUCUCGCGGAGAAUAAAGUGUGCGCCGGGCCAGCUGGCGCUGGCGUGGCUGCACAGUCAGGGCGAUGACGUGGUCCCCAUCCCUGGGACCACCAGGUUUGGGCACCUGGAGGAGAACAUGGUGGCGGUGGGAAUGGAGCUGACGCGGCAGGAGAUUCGCGAGAUUGAGGCAGCGGUGCCAGCGUGCGAGGUAAUCGGCCAGCGUGUCAAGAACAUGUUCUACACGUGGCAGUGCGUCUCCACGCCGCCCCUGUCCACCUGGAAGGCAGCGCUGUGCAUGCAAAGGUGAGCCAGCGCUGCCAUUUUCGUUUACCAGGAGAAACACAACCAAACCAACAACAAAUGUGGUUUGAUGGGAUGAAGAUCCUGUCAUUCACUUUGAAGAUUGAAAUUCUAUAAUUGAGAGUAAAAAUCCAAAUUGUAAAUAACAAAACGAAUUUAGACAAGAA